UCCUCCAACCUACAUGAGCCCAGAGCAGGCGGAAGAGAUGCUCCACUAACAGACCAGACAAGACCUACUCUGUGACAAAAGGUACCUAAGGAGUUUAAAGAUAUGAGGGGAUUUUUUCAAAUGUUAAGAAAGAAAAAAGAGCUGAUCCCACUGAUCGGUUUCAUGACUUUAGCUGCAACAGGAGCCACUACGGCUUCUAUCUAUUUUCUUCUCACCAAAUCUGACGUCAUUUUAAAUAAGACCUCCAAUCCAGAACCAUGGGAGAGAGUGGAUCCAACCACGCCCCAAAAGCUUUUCACCAUCAAUCAGCAGUGGAAGCCAGUGGAGGAACUGGAGUUGGUGAAGCGUCUCACCAAAUAAAAAGGUGCCUGCCAACUUUCCACUCAUCAGUCCAACAGAAUCCUUUCUGCACAAACUAGGAUGCUUUGACACUUAGUGUGCGGAAACGCUUCUGCUGCACUGUUGGGUUUUUUGUCUGCUUAGUAGUUGGUAGUUGCACACCACGAGAGCAUCAAUCCACCUGCAGAAAUGUCUGCACACAGUAAAUAUGAAUGUUCGAUAAUAUCCAAAUAAUAUCCAUAUAAUGUAUUAAUGAAUUAUUUAUCAUCAAUGAAAUGUUGACUGUCUUUGUUCUUCCUCAUCAAAAUCCAGUGAUCAAACACAUUGCACUGACCACAAGGAUAUGCAUACAGGACUGUAAUCCAAAAAAAUUUAUAUGGCAGGGGUCCCCAAACUUUUUGACGAUGUCACGUUAUCGAUGGGAAAAUGCAUUUUUAGACAAUAUGAUUUGCCUGAGCGGCUCUGAGACACCGAGAGUAACAAGCGGUAGAAAAUGGAUUAGAAAGGACAGAUUUAAAAAAAUAGUGAUUAAAAAGUUUUUGUUUUGUUUUGUUGUUUUUUUAACUUGGGACUUCCCGCGUGCCGGAUUUUGGACGCUGGCGGGCCGGAUCCGGCACGCGGGCCGUAGUUUGGGGACCGCUGAUAUAGGUAAAAAAAUAUAGUUAUUUAAAAAAUGCAACUUAAAAAACUCUAAUAGAGGUUAGAAAAAUUGUGUUUGGAUUUAACAUGUACUAUUACUGAGGUAAUUCGUUUGCUAAUAUUUUUUUCUAAUAGAACAAAAAUUGUUAUUUAGAUUCUGGUUUCUUUGUAUCCUGAUUUUCUAUGUGACUAAUGUGCUCCACCUGUGUAAAAACGCAUCAUUGUGCUGAUGCCUUGUUAGCAGUGAGUAGGGAUUGUUACCAAAUUCAGUACUUUUAUAGGUACUAACCGAAUUCCGCUGGUACUAUCAAGUACGGAUUCACGUAAAAUCAAACGGUACCAUAUUUCGAUACCUUUGUUGCCCAGGCACCGGCUCAAGCAUUUGGCAGGGAAACAAACAAUUAAAUACUGAGAGCGGACACAGCUGGACUGUCUUUCAGUAAUUUUCCAUCCAACAAAGCUAUGCUCGAAAUUAAAUUAAGACUCUACUUUUUAAAUAUGCACUAACUUGAUGCUAAUUUACAUUGGAUAUGCCAUAUACAUGCUAUCGAUUAGCAUUAGCGAUUUCAAUACCUUCAAAUUUGGUAAUCGCAACUACAACUAAGACACAUUACAAUCAAAAAGCUGCUGUGUAAUAGUUGCAAUACUUACAGUAUAAACACUUUGUAGGACUCGACAAAAAAACAGACUGGCACAUUCAAUCUAAUAGCACAGACUACUUCCUGACUAAGGCAGCCCAAAGUAGCCUAUACACUACCGCCAUCUAAUGUCUUGGAAUUGUAACUGCGUGCAAAGUUUACUAAAUAAUAUUUGCAAAUGAAACUCUGCAAUGUAAGAAAGCAAGAUAUAACAUCACAGUUAUCAUAAUAAACUCUCUGUUAAAUGUAAAUUUUAAAAAUUGAGAUUUUUUUUUUUUUUAUGUAAAUGUAUGAACACACACAAAAGUACUGAAAAUUGGUACCGUACAGUAUGAAUUCAAAUAUUAAAAGGUACCAUCCCUAGCAGUGAGUUAUCAUUAGUUUGUGUGGCUUCAUCGCCACUAAAAUACACUUAUUGUUUCAUUCUAAGAGCACUGUUCUGUAAGUUGUAGCUCAUAACUUCUGUGAAAUAAUCAGAAAAAAAUGUGUUAAAGUUUUGUAAUAGCAUCAAAAGUCAUGCAAUGCGCAAUCGCUCAAAAUGUUUCUUUGGCCUGCCAUUUGGCUUCUUAUGUCCGAUAACCUUCAGGACCUUUUAAGAAACUGUGU